AUGACUGUGAAGAAAGGUAGCCGAUGUGGUGGAUUAGCAGCUGUCGUGACUCGUCAGAAACUGCAUAUUACCAAUCAACAGAUAGACAUCACAGCUGUUAGUAAAUCAAAUCUUAGGUUCAACACAAUCGUUGGUUUUAACGAAAAAGAUCAGUUACAGUUAAUCACAAAGGAUGAAAGCAAUGAAGAUGAUAAACAAAAGGUGAUCAAAGAUUACGAUAUCAAGGCCAGCAACCAAGAGAACAUUUGUAUAGACGACAUUGCGAAUUGUGUCAACGUUGAUAGUUAUCCGAAUUGUGAAAACACGCUAGUUUUUUACGUUACAAAGAAUUCUAAUAAAGAGGCAAUAGCACUUAGAUUUGAAAACGAACAGGAUUUCAAAAGAAUAUAUUUCACUUAUAAAUAUUUCAAAAUGCGAAACAGAUUAACGAGAAACAGUUACACUAGUAGCGAAAAUUUGCUUUCGAAGAAGAAAAAUGAUUCGUACAUCAAUCGGAGCAACGAUGAUUAUAGUUUAUUUGACAAAAAGCGAUCAGAGUUCGAUUUGAUGCAAACUGUCGAUAACGAUGGAAUAACACAUUUAUCUGUGCAGCAGAAGAGCUUUACCACCCGCUUUGAUCAGCCUUUGAGCCUAAUCGGAUUAAAACAUGAGAGAGAUCACGGUGAAAUAGAUAGUAUUAUUUAUACAGAUAUAGAUAUCCCUAGUAAACCGGAAAAGAAGAGGUUAUUUCACAAAAAGGCUAAAGCACCUCCCCCUCCAUUGCCUGUCAACAAAGAGUCUUCAAAGAUACUAAAGGGCGAAUUUGUAAGAGUGAACGUCGAGAGAUCACCAGACUUGAUUCCCAAAGAUAAUAAGCAGAAUAAAAUACCUGAUAUUCUAAUGUUUCGAAAUAAUAAAACGAAAAAGAAUAGCCAGAGCAAUUUAUGGACGGUUAGCAAUAAAGUGACCAAUGGAUACGAAUCAGACAGAGAAGAAUGGAGAAACAGCCGCUCUCAGUUCUCUACGACAGCUUUCGACAGUCUCGCUCGACCUACUAAGAUGGCAAUGGCGCUGACAUUCAAGAAGCCUCAACGCCUCGAACCAGUGCCACAAUAUUUCCGCCUCACAACUGACACGAAGCCCAAACUUGCUCCCUUGCCUUUCCACCCGAACAACUACCUUCAAAGAGCACCAAGAUUACCUCGGCCAAGUGCAGACGUCGGGAGAAACCUCACGGCAGAACACAGGAAAUAUAUGUCGCUACAAAACCUUGAAAUUCCCAAGAAAUUAAGUGAACCGAAAAAACAGUACGACAAAAAGGCGAAUUAUAAUAAUAUCUCCCACAGGAUUACGGGUUUGACGAAUAAAUUACGAGAUUUAGGCACCGGUAACACGAUCGGAAGAUUUAAAUCGCAAUCUCAUACCGAUGUUGCGAAUCUAAAACCAGUAUUGAAGAUGAACGUUCAAGAUGGAACAAAACGUUCCGUUGUGAGGACUUGUAGUGUAGAACCACCAAAGAAAGUUACGUUUAGUGCCUUCGCUACCGUUCAAGUAGUCUAA